AUGCCAUAUAGCCACAUUCUACCAUAUUUAUUGAGGGGAUCACUUAUACAACUAAGGGAGUUAGGACCCCCACCAGCGGUUCUUCCUCCCGGUUAUGAUGCAAAUGCCCGUUGUGAAUUUCAUUUUGGCGCUCUUGGGAAUUCGAUCGAGAAUUGUAAAGCAUUAAAGUACAAGGUUCAAGAUCUUAUUGAUUCUAAGGAAAUCACAUUCGCCCCCAAGGGGCCGAAUGUAAAUAACAACCCGAUGCCCCCUCACAACAAUGCAGCCGUGAAUAUGAUGGAAGCUGACAAUGGAAGGAGAUUGAUAUCCUGUGUGGACGAGUUUAAAACUCCACCCAUCGAGAUCAAGAAUGUUUUAAUAAGGGAUAAUUCCUUUCCCAUUUAUAGUAAUGACUGUGAAAACUGUCUGAUUAACCCGCAACAGCGUAGGACGUUGAAGUAUGUCAUACAACAAUUAAUGGACCAAGGGGUCUUAAUGGUAGACUUCCCAUCCACAAAAGAAGAUGUGUCUAUCCUCGAGAUACCAUACGACGAAGUCCCUCCUCUGCGAAUUCCAUAUGACUUCUCUCAGUUAACGCUGUCAACAAAUCCGAAGAGUCAAGAAGAACUGUUGAAUUCUAGUGAUCCAAUGAUCAAUAUCACCGGCACUGGCAGAAUUACAAGAAAUGGAAGGAUAUUUGCACCGACACUCACUUCAAUUGGAACUAUUAAUCCUUCAACUUCAGACAAAGGCAAACAAAUUGGUGGCGCUAAUCAAAGACGAGACCCUGCACCUUCCAAUGAAGUAGACGAGUUCUUACCCAUUAUCAAGAAGAGCGAUUAUCGAGUAGUUGAUCAGCUUAACCAGACACCCUCGAAUAUCUCAAUGUUGUCUUUAUUAAUAUACUCGGAGGCCCAUAGGGAUGCUUUGGUAAAAUUCCUGAGGACAGCUCAGGUACCGCAAGAGAUCUCUGUUUGUCAGUUUGAAGGGGUAGUUAACAAUAUCACUACUAGCUUAAGCUUGGGUUUCAGGGAUGAAGAGCUUCCCUCCAAGGGGAGGAAUCAUAACAAGGAUCUCCACAUUUCUAUUGAGUGUGUGGACACAGUCCUAUCAAGAGUUUUGGUAGACACUGGGUCUUCCCUCAAUGUGAUGCCUAAGAGCUCCUUUACUAAGCUAAUUAUCGAAGGACUUGUAAUGAAGUUGAGUGAGCUUAUAGUAAGAGCAUUUGAUGGGACUAUGAGGACUGUAAUCGGUGAGGUGACUUUGCCUAUGAAGAUUGGCCCAUAUACUUUCCUUAUCACUUUCUUCGUAAUGGACAUCUAUCCAGCCUACAAUUGUUUGAUGGGAAGGCCUUGGAUCCAUUCAGCUAGUGCAGUCACUUCAACCCUCCAUCAAAAAUUGAAAUUCUUAGCUAAUGGUAAGUCACCUCAUUAUCAUCAUCAUUGUACAAAGUCAUCAUGCAUGUUUUAUUUACUUGUUACUUACUUUAUUGUAAUCAUACAUUAA